UUGUAACGAGCACACUAUAAAAAAGGUCACGGGCUUGAUUACAGAAAUCGUCAAACAUAGCCGUAACCAAAAGGUGAAAGAUCAUCCUCUCCUUUCUCCCCUCUGAUCCAUCUCCGAAUGCAACAAAACAUGUCCACAAAAAGACCCACUGCCAUCUUUCUCCUCCUCCUCCUCCUCCUACUCCUCCAUGACCGAAUCCAUGCAAGCUCGAUAAAAACUGUAGUGGUAGUAGUGAUGGAAAAUCGUUCUUUUGAUCACAUGCUAGGUUGGAUGAAGAAAAUCAACCCUGAAAUCAAUGGUGUUGAUGGCACUCAGUGGAAUCCAUUGAACAUAAGCGAUCCAAGUUCGCAGAAAUUCUUCACCAAUAACCAAGCUCAGUAUGUUGACCCUGAUCCUGGCCACUCUUUUCAAGCAAUAAGGGAGCAAAUAUUUGGGUCUGAAGACACAUCCAAGAAUCCUCCUCCCAUGAAUGGCUUUGCUCAACAGGCUUUCUCGAUGGACACAUCGACCAACUUGUCUCGGGAUGUCAUGAAUGGAUUUGAGCCUGAUAUGGUAGCUGUGUACAAGACACUUGUAUCUGAAUUUUCUGUCUUUGACAGGUGGUUUGCUUCUGUGCCAUCAUCCACACAACCCAACCGUCUAUUUGUUCACUCAGGCACAUCCGCCGGAGCUACCAGCAACAUUCCGGCAUUGCUCGUUAAGGGGUACCCCCAAAGAACAAUUUUCGAGAACCUUGACGAUGCUGGAAUAUCUUGGGGAAUAUACUAUCAGAACAUUCCCGCCACAUUGUUUUACAGGAACUUAAGGAAGCUCAAGUACAUCACUAAAUUCCAUCCUUAUGGCAUGUCGUUUAAAAAACAUGCAAAACAAGGCAAACUUCCUGGUUAUGCCGUGCUUGAGCAGCGGUACAUGGACAUCAAGAUAUCUCCUGCCAACGACGAUCAUCCUUCCCAUGAUGUUUAUCAAGGGCAAAUGUUUGUCAAAGAGGUGUACGAGACACUAAGGGCAAGUCCACAAUGGAACGAAACUCUAUUGGUAAUCACAUAUGACGAGCAUGGUGGGUUCUAUGAUCAUGUGGCUACACCUGUGAGUGGGGUCCCUAGUCCCGAUGACAUUGUGGGACCUGAGCCAUUUUUGUUCAAGUUUGAUAGACUUGGGGUUAGAGUUCCUACAAUCGUGGUCUCACCUUGGAUAGAGAAGGGAACCGUUGUCCAUGGACCUAAUGGGUCACCAUUUUCAACAUCAGAAUACGAACACUCAUCCAUUCCUGCGACGGUGAAGAAGCUCUUUAACAUGCCGUCUCCUUACUUGACAAGGAGGGAUGAAUGGGCGGGUACCUUUGAAGGAAUCUUACAGACUCGGACUGAGCCCAGAACUGAUUGCCCAGAGCAACUACCAACUCCAACUCAGGUCAGGAAGAGCGAGCCCAAUGAAGAUGCCAAGCUUACUGAAUUCCAGCAGGAGCUACUACAGCUUGCAGCUGUGCUAAAAGGAGAUCAUAUUUUGACGAGUUACCCUGACAAAAUAGGGAGGGAAAUGACAGUCAAGCAAGGUAAUGAUUACAUGGAGGAUGCACUGAAACGAUUCUUCGAAGCAGGACUUUAUGCUAAAAGCAUGGGAGUUGAUGAAGAACAAAUUGUUCAAAUGAGGCCCUCCCUCACUACAAGACCAUCCAAACCAACCAAUCAUCCAUGAAGAUCUUUGUUACAUACUCGGCAACAUUAGCUAUUGUGCCCACAGCUAAAAAAGAAAAAGAAAAAGAAAAAAGAAUCCCUCUUCUUACUCUA